AUGAAUAAAGCCAUUAAUAUACGUGCAGACAGGUUGGAAAAAAUUCUAUGUCGACAUUGUCAGAAGCGUUUUUCUCAUUCGGGUUCAUAUUCAUCCCAUAUGAGCAGUAAGAAAUGCACCGCGGCCGCAGCACAAGCUUCGUCAUCAGCAUUCGGCUUUGGUGACCAAAUGAUACUUUACCGGACACUGUUGUUACAGUUUCAAACAGCUCAUAAUUUGGCGUAUUCUAAUGUCACUCCCUAUGCAGCCUUACUGCAACAACAGUUAUUGCAGGCAGCGAGUGGCAACAAUUCAUUACCGUCACCAUCAACUUUAUUGGCGAAUUAUUGGGCUUGUCAUCUAAGUAAUAGCAAUCAUACCACAAAAGAGAUUGCUCCAUCCGAUGCAUUUGUAAAAAAUGAGAUGGUGAACGUUGAUGUUAGAAGAGCUGUGACUAACAGCACAAGUGCGGUUACUGAUAAGCCUAGUAUAGAAGGCGCAGUUCAUCGUCAGGAUGGUUCAAAAGGAUCUCGUUCAGAAAAUGGUGAACAUCCAGAUUCAAAGGAUGGAUCGGCUUUGCCCAUUUCUAAUGCUAUUAGUGAUGAAAGUCCUGGAGGUACCUGGAAGCCGUUGCGAUCGCGUUCUUUCCUUACUGACGCUCAAGUUGCCAUUCUUCAUGCUCAUUUCAAGCGAAAUCCGUUUCCGUCCAAAUAUGAAUUAUCCGCUGUCGCUGCUCAAAUUGGUGUUAAUAAAAGAGUAGUACAGGUGUGGUUCCAAAAUACUCGGGCAAAAGAAAGGCGAAGUAACCGGUUGAGCGUAGCUUGUGAGCGGUACUCACGUUCCAUCUGGAAUAAUGCAAUCUCAUUUCAAAGUGCUGCUACAGCCAUAGCAGCUGCUAAUGACCCUUUAAAUUUGAUGGCAGGUUGGGCUCAGCAAUGUACCGGUCUUGUGAAGAAUAGAUUAUCAGAUGAGCAAAUGGGAAAAGCAGAUUUAUCGUCAAGUAAACCAUCAGAUGCUGUUUGUGAUUUACCCCUUGAUUUGUCAGUUAAAGAUGACUCAGCAGUGAUCAGAGUAGCAGUUUCAACUAGACACGCAUCUCCUGUUUCUGGAGUCGGCGGUAAUGGAGAAAAUCAAGACGAUUGUUGGUCUCCAGGCAGUCUCAGUGGUUCACUUUUGGACUGAUUUUUUAAAGGAGAUGAAACGCAAAGGACGCUACUACAAGUUGCUAGAAGCUGUACACGGACAACACCAACAAUGAUUUCUUCUAAAUCCAGUUCUAAUUCUGAGGUUGAGUCAAAUCUAGAACCGAUGCUAGAUGAUAAUUCAACUUCUGCAUUAUCUAGUAUUUGGCCCAGUAGUGUGUUCAUGUCUCAAUACUCGAUGUUGGGAACUGAAGAUGUAGCCAACUUUCAAAAAGUUCUGGAACACACUGAGGAUAUUGAUGACAAUUCGUCAGACAUUUCAUCAAGUGAAAAAGGGCAUCGAGCUAGCUGGAAAUCAAAUCGAACUGGUGAGGAGGGACUGUAUGCCUGUGAUCAAUGCGAUAAAAUGUUUGGAAAGCAGAGUUCAUUGGCUAGGCAUAAAUAUGAGCAUUCAGGACAGCGACCUUACAAAUGUGACGUAUGUGAGAAGGCAUUCAAACAUAAGCACCAUCUCACUGAGCACAAACGGUUGCAUUCAGGUGAAAAGCCUUUUCAGUGUCACAAAUGUUUAAAGCGGUUCAGUCAUUCCGGCAGUUAUUCACAGCACAUGAAUCAUCGGUAUUCGUAUUGCAAGCCGUACAGAGAUUGA